AUGGCAACUCGCAAUAAGCUAUAUACAUACAAGGGUGGCCCGAGAUCAAUUGGUAUACUUGCUGUGGCUCAUGCUGUCGGUUUUGACAUCGAGGUCGUGGAAACGAAUCCACAAGAUGGACUUUCUGAAGAGUAUCUGAAACUGAAUAGACUGGGCAAGACGCCCACUUUCGUAAGCUCAGAUGGCACAGUUCUGACAGAGUGUAUGGCAAUCGCGUUACACGUGGCAAGUCAAGAUCCCGAAUCAAGGAUGCUCGGAUCUGGCCACAUGGACUUUAUCAAAGUUGUCAGCUGGAUGUCACUUUGCAACAGCGACGUGGUCAAAAGAAUGGGCGCCUGGAUCUUGCCAUUGCUUGGUGUGGCGCCUUAUGCUCCAGAGGGCGUGGAAAUGGCGGAGCAGCAGACUGCUCAAGCUAUGCAGAUCUUUGAAGAUCAUCUCCAAGACAAGAGGUUCCUAGUCGCAGAUCGCUUGACCUUGGCCGAUUUGUUCUGCGCUGGGCUGGUCAGUUUCGGCUUCGCAAAGGUCUUUGACAAGGCUUGGAGAGCUCGAUUCCCUUGCUUCACGGCCUGGUACGAGAUGAUAACAGCCUUGGAGAUGUACCGAGCAGUUGUUCCCCAUACUGUCAUAAUAGAAACUGCUCUGGGACCACCGCAUCCAUCGAUGAGAAGCAACUAUACUGCAGACGACUAA